AUGGGGCGAGGAUUAUAUCCUCAUUGUAUGGUUCUUGCAAUUUCAAAGAAUAUAUAUAGCGGUAGAUUGGUGCUUUUGAAACGUGCUGCAGCUGUUGAACCAACAUUAACUUCGACGCCUCCGUCGACGGACACCUCGUCCGUUGCCUUAGCUGAUUCCCCUACUGUUUCCAUCAAUCACUAUGGAACGGUUCGAGGCAAUCGAUCCUCGUACAUAAACUCAGUCUACAACUUCAAAGGGAUUCCAUACGCCGGUGCACCUACUGGAGCCUAUCGUUGGAAACAUCCACCCCACCCAGCUGUAUGGAACGAUACUCGAGAUGCGACCACAUUCAGUCCGGCUUGUCCACAACCAGGUGUCGCCAAUUACAGUGAAGAUUGUCUCUACCUCAAUGUUUGGACGCCAGAUAACGCGACAUUGAACGACUACUACGCAGACCCUUCAGGUGGUGCUGGUGUGUUGCCUUAUCCCAACGCAACUAUAUAUCCUGUCUACGUAUGGAUUUAUGGUGGACGAUUUGCAGGCGGUGCUUCAAGUGAUCCUCUCUAUGACGGAGCCGGGCUUGCGGCCAAAGGGGUAGUGGUCAUUACUAUGAAUUAUCGUCUCGGCGCUCUUGGUUUCUUGGCACAUCCUGAAUUGAGCGCAAAUUCUUCAAGUGGCACUUCUGGGAAUUACGGUCUUGUUGAUCAACAAGCAUCCCUUCAUUGGACGAUUGAGAACUGUGCUGCCUUUGGCGGAGAUCCUACUCGAAUUACAAUUGGUGGGCAACCAGCUGGUGCGGCUUCUGUCAUCGAGCAUCUAAACAGUCCUCUUGCAGACGGACUCUUCACUCAAGCUAUUGCAGAAAGUGGCGUUCGCUAUCCUUCUGAUCCUCUGGUCGGCAGUCUCGCGGAGAGCUAUCGCCAACUAUCCGAAGCUGAGGCUCAAGGUACAGCUUACAUCGAGAGUUUGAAUGUCAGCAGUAUCAACGAGGCUCGUGAUCUCCCUGUUGAGGCUUUCCUGUCAUCUGGAAUGAUGAGCGACACAACUUAUGUUGGAACAGUCUUUGAGAACAACUCCAAUUACAUGGAACCACCUCUCUUCCGCCCGGUUCUGGAUGGUUAUGUCCUUCCGGCAACCUACGCAUCACUUCUCGCAUCAGGCAAUCAUUCCAUAGUACCUGUCCUGACAGGAAAUAACAAAGACGAAAGCGGAGCGAGUCCAGAUCCGGGACUGAAUGUAUCAAGCUACACUUCUACAUCUGAACUCGAUUUCGGUAGCGUUGGCCUCGCAGAUGAGUACUUCGCUUUGUACCCCGCUGGCAAUACUUCCGCCUCAGCAAACAAUGCCAGCAACGCAUUCUACCGCGAUCAAAGCCGCACUGGGACUUGGCUCUGGGCUAAUGAGUAUGUCUCAGGCUCACAAAACUUCUUCGCAAACGGCAACUUCACAACCUAUACCUACUACUGGACCCAUGCCCCUCCCAACCAAACCAGAGGAGCGUAUCACAUGAGCGAGAUCAACUACGCUUUCAACAAUCUGUACGCCACGGAUAGCCCUUGGACUGCCGAGGACUAUGCGAUUGCGGAGAUGUCGAGUUACUGGGCCAAUUAUAUCAGGAGCGAGAACCCGAAUGGGAAGGGAUUAGCGACUUGGCCGGCGAAUUCGGCCUCGAGUGCAGUGACGAUGGAGUUGGGGGAUGCGUUUGAGGUUGUUGAGGUUGCGAAUUCGUCGAACAUUGCUUUCAUGAAGGAGUGGUUCUCAAAGUGGCCUGUGUAUUAA